CGCCACUCCUCAAAACAUUUUGUCUGAAUUUCUUCCGCCUCCCGGUCGAAGCGGAUGGCGAUGGCAGGCAGGAGGCGCCCCGAUCUCCUCCUGCGCCGCCGCAGCAAUCUCUCAGCCCGUAACCCGCCGAUAUCCAACUUUUCCACCGUCUCCGGCCGGAGUCCGCCCGAACCCGCCGACCCGGCCCGCGCGGCGUCGAUCCUGGCCGAGAAGGACUGGUUCGCGCGGCUCAACUCGGAGCUCGCCGCCGCGCUGCCGCGCCUGGGCCCGCGCUUCGUGGUCCGCGUGCUGCACGCCGCCGUGCCCCUCGAGCCCCGCCUCUGCGUCCGCCUCUACGUCUGGGCGUCGCGGUUCGGGACCCACUUCGCGCGCGACGCCUCGGUGCGGCGGGCCCUGGAGGACGCGCUGUGGCGGCGCGGGCCGCUGGUGCUGUCCGCGGCGCUGGUGGCGGAGGUCAGGGGCUGCGGGUGCGAGGUCUCCGAGGAGCUGCUCUGCUCCAUGAUCGCCAGCUGGGGCAGGCUGGGCCUCGCGCAGUACGCGCACGAGGUGUUCGUGCAAAUGCCGCGCCUCGGGCUGAGGCCCAGCACAGCGGUGUACAACGCCCUGAUCGCCGCGUCUGUGAGGGCCGGCACCAUCGACACGGCGUACCUCAGGUUCCAGCAGAUGCCUGCGGAUGGGUGCCAGCCGGACUGCUUCACCUACAACACACUCGUUCACGGGGUCUGUCGUAGUGGGAUCGUCGAUGAGGCUCUCCGGCUGGUGAGGCAGAUGGAGGGCGUCGGGAUCAAGCCGAAUGUGUUCACUUACACGAUGCUGGUUGAUGGGUUCUGCAAUGCUGGCAGGCCAGAUGACGCACUUCAUGUGUUCAAUACGAUGAAGGAUAAGGGUGUAUCGCCGAAUGAGGCCUCGUACAGGACUUUGGUUCAUGGUGCAUUCCGGUGCUUGGGGAGCCACAAGGCGUAUGAGAUGCUUAGUGAGUGGAUAGGACGUCAGCCUCCACUGCACCCAAGUGCGUGGCAUACUAUGCUGUAUUGCUUAUCAAAGAACGGGAUGGCCAAAGAGUUAGUUGAGGUCGUGAAGAAGAUGAAAACUAGGGGUCUUCUCCUUGACAAUGCAAUGUUUGGCAUUGUGGUCUCUUGUGCUGUGAAGUGCCUGGAGUUGAGUGAUUUGUGUGAGUUGGUUGAUGAUUUCGUAAAGAAAGGCGGGAAUCCUGGAUUUCAUGUCUAUAUUAUGAUCAUCAAAUCCUUACUGGACUGCAAAAGUUCUUCAAAGGCAAACCACUAUUUAGAGCGCAUGGUUUUGGAUGGGCUCUUGUCUAGUGUGGCAUCUUAUAACAUGGUGAUAGAUUGCUUUGUCAAGGAAGGUGCAGUGGAUAGGGCAGUGGAGAUUAUAAAACAGAUGCGAGAGAAAGGUUUCCUUCCAAACCUUGUUACCUUUAAUAUACUGAUAAGUGGUUACUCAAAGUUAGGGGAUGUACAUAAUGCAAAGGCCGUUCUUAAGAUGCUUAUGGAACAUGGUUUCAUGCCAGAUAUCAUUACUUUUACCUCCCUCAUUGACGGGCUAUGCCAUGCCCAUCAAAUGGAUGAUGCGUUUGAUUGCUUCAGUGAGAUGGCAGAGUGGGGUGUUAGACCAAAUGCUCAUACUUACAAUGUACUAAUGCGCGCGCUUUGUUCAGUAGGGCACGUUAACAAGGCCAUUGAUCUUCUUAAUAAAAUGAAAAUAGAUGGCAUUACUCCCGAUGCAUAUUCCUUCAAUGCUCCCAUUUUGAGUUUUUGCAGAAUGAAGAAAGUAGAUAAAGCUCGUAGUAUUUUUAAUGCCAUGCUGAGAUUAGGUGUUGUUCCAGACGGUUACACAUGCAACAUCCUGAUUAAAGCUCUGUGUUAUGAAAGAAGAGUUGAUGAUGCCAAAGAAAUUCUAGCUGCAACUGAGUCUAGUGGCUGUACUGUGACCGAUCAUCAUCACUCAUACUGGCCAAUUGUUUCUGCACUUACUAAAAUGGGUCGAUUCAGUGAGGCAGGACAGUUGAUGAACAAAUGUCACAUCAGAAAUGUUCAGUUGGAUUGUGGUUCUAAUCGUACCAGAGAGCCUGCAAUGCAUGCCUGAGUUGUCAAUGUGUGAGUUGUGAUUUGGUAUCUACGUGCUAUUUGGUACAUGAAUGAUGCCCUCCUCCUGCAAUGAAGGCUCGCAACAGGCUCAUCUUUGCUAAGAUGAAUCACUUGGAACUUCUCGGCGCCCAUUGCUUUGUACUCCCUCCGUCCCAAAAUUCUUGUCUUACAUUUGUCUAGAUAUGGAUGUAUCUAAUACUAAAACGUGACUUGAUACAUCCGUAUCUAGACAAAUCUAAGACAAGAAUUUUGGGACGGAGGGAGUAUUGCAUUUCAGGAAUGAUAUGGAUUUGCACAUUUCCGUCUGAAAAUCUUUGCAGAAGAAGGCUGCUGAUUUCCAAAAGGAUUCUUAUGCUUGUGUGCAAAUGCUGUUCUUUUGGAAAACAAACAUUUCACAUCAUGCAAACUCGAUGCUGUGGAGGAUAAUUGCUUCCAAAUCCUCCUUGAGUAUCUGGUGUUUCAGACUGCACCCCAACAGCGCUCCAUGAUGACUAUGUCUACCAGUCAUGGGGGAGUUUCUUAUGUGAAUUCUCAUCGCUGCUCAACUUCUGUUCAACCUGACGGGGGCUAGUUUCUGUUCUUAUUCAUGACCUGUUGAUGGUGAGGAGGUGCGUUAUUCUGGUCUUGAGGCAACUUAGAGCGUUGAACUGACACCUGGAGAUGAAUAACGCCGAUUCACAUGUGUGGCCUCCUGUACCCAGUUGUUACAGCUGUAUAUACACCAAUUGUUGCAGUUGUAUAUACAGUUGCUGAUAGAAUUGAUUCUAGAAACUACAUUCGUUACUUCAGACCAGGAUGCAUAUAUAAAGCUUAAUUGGUCAGA